GUGGCGACGGUCAAUUCCUCCCGGUGUAAUCAGAAUGGMAUGGUCGGCAUCGGUGUUUAGCUAGCUACCGCUCUGCCUUUAACAACAAAACAUUUUGUUUGUUUUUAAAAUAAAUAGUUUACGCGUAUUUUCUUAGCCGGAGUAGCUACAAUACUAAAAGAUAUACAAGGAUAUUCAGGUAUUUGGAGUAAUUUGAGACAAAAGCUUGAGAAAUAAACGCGUUAGCCUUUAGCUUUGAUGGCAUCUGUUGUACUGUACCGUUCAGAGAAUGAAUGAGCGCCUGCAGGUUAGUGAGCGGUUAUUCUGUUUGACAGACUGAAAAAAGCGUUUAUAAACAGCAAAAGAAACAUCAUAUAACUAUGGCUACCGGUGCUGAUGUUCGGGAUAUUCUGGAGCUUGGCGGAACGGACAACGAUGGUCCUAUCAGUAAGAAAGAUCUCAUCAACUCGGAUAAGAAAAAAUCCAAAAAAGCAACAGAGACGCUGACUUUCAAGAGACCAGAGGGAAUGCACAGAGAGGUUUAUGCUCUGCUCUACUCAGAUAAGAAAGAUGCACCGCCUCUGCUGCCUAGUGAUACCACUCAAGGUUAUCGGACCGUCAAGGCCAAGCUUGGAUGUAAAAAAGUUCGUCCCUGGAAAUGGAUGCCUUUCACCAAUCCAGCUCGCAAGGAUGGGGCCAUUUUCCACCACUGGAGACGGAUGGCUGAGGAGGGAAAGGACUACCCUUUUGCUCGCUUUAACAAGACAGUCCAAGUUCCAGUGUAUUCAGAGCAAGAAUAUCAAAUGCAUCUCCAUGACGAUGGCUGGACUAAAGGAGAGACUGACCACCUCUUUGACCUGUGCAAGCGCUUCGACCUGCGCUUUGUAGUUAUCCACGACCGCUAUGACUACCAACAGUACAGAAAACGCUCCAUAGAGGACCUGAAAGAACGAUAUUAUAAUAUCUGUGGUAAGCUGACCAAGGUCCGUGCAGCCUCUGGGACCGAACCCAAGAUCUAUAUCUUUGAUGCUGGCCAUGAAAGGCGCCGCAAGGAGCAACUGGAGAAGCUCUUUAAUCGCACACCCGAGCAAGUGGCAGAAGAAGAGUAUCUUAUUCAGGAGCUACGGAAGAUCGAGAAUAGGAAGAAGGAGCGUGAGAAGAAGGCGCAGGAUCUGCAGAAACUCAUCAAAGCAGCUGACACGACUACAGAGCUGAGGAGAGCUGAAAAGAGAGUCUCUAAGAAGAAGCUCCCUCAAAAAAGAGACACAGAAAAACCAGCUGUUCCAGAGACGGCUGGCAUCAAGUUCCCUGACUUCAAGUCCGCCGGUGUCACUCUGCGCAGUCAGAGGAUGAAACUGCCAAGCUCUGUUGGCCAGAAGAAGAUCAAGGCCAUUGAGCAGAUCCUGGCGGAGCAAGGAGUGGAUCUCAACCCGAUGCCCACAGAGGAGAUUGUGCAGAUGUUCAACGAACUCCGCAGCGACCUUGUGCUCCUGUAUGAACUGAAGCAGGCCCACAGCAACUGCGAAUACGAGCAACAGAUGCUCCGUCAUCGCUAUGAGGCCCUGCUUAAAGCUGGCAGUGGGGCCGGGUGUGGAGGCCUCACAGGAGGAGGGAUUGCUGGAGUCCCACAGGGUGGAGAGCUCAGUGCUGUAAACAGUACUGCAUCCUCCACUCCAGGGGUAGAAGCUCAGUCGUGGCCCAAUGUAGAUAUCAAGGUGGAACCAAAGGAGCAGAUCAUUGACGUUGUAGGAGCGCCACUUACCCCCAACUCGCGCAAGCGGCGAGAGUCUGCUUCCAGCUCAUCUUCAGUAAAAAAGGCGAAGAAGCCCUGAUGAGAGCUCAUACAGUCUGGAGGACAAACGACUGGGUUACUUAUCCUGAUGACAGUGGAGUGCCCAGGAGUCGUAUGGCUGGACAAGAUGGACACAACCAGGGCGGUCCCCAUAUUACUGUCCAUUUACACAGACACACCACUGACUCCACACACACAUAAACACAACCCCUCACCUACUAACGAGACUUCUCCAAACCCUCCCCGUCUGGCCGUGACAAAGGCAAUGACUGAGUGACAUUUCAUUCCAUUACUGCUCGUCUCCCUGCCUCCACCACCGGUUGCCCAUAGAUGAGGCAAGAGCAACUGUAAAUUGCAAGGCUGAACUAAUCGGGACAGGGUGAAGAAGGUGGGAAUGACUGGGUAAUUGAAAUGAAUUGGAAUGAAAGACCAGAGGCAGGGAGUGGGUGGACCUGGAACCGCAAUGCUCAUUGGAGUCAUCGGAGGGUUUCCCUUUUUUUUUUGUACCCUAAUAAUGCAAUGGUGUUUACUGGAAAUGUGUUCCAGUGUCGUCUUGCAGAGCUGGAUCCCUCUAGACUUGGAGUGAGUUUUGUUCUCUUUCUUCUGUAAUUUUGUUAUGUCAAACUGUUCUUUUAUGAUUACUUCAAAAAUUAUUCUGCUUACAAAAAACAACAAAAUAAAAAUCUGUUUUUUUUUCUAA